CUGUCACCACUCCCUUACUUUUCCCACUGCGACUGGGACGCACUGGCUUCUGUCUAUCGUCAGUGGUGUUGGUAUUGUUGUGCAUUUAUCUGCAGGCUUAUCUGCCUUGGAGAACAGAUAGUGGAACGCCCCACCCUUGGUUGUUUGGAAGCCUUCCGGUCUCUCUUUUUCUCUCCCUACAACACCCCGGAUUGUCCUGUAUCCAUACCACGGAAAGCAGUAACCGGACCCUCAUUGGAAUCUACCCUAUAACCUCUAUGGUCUAACCCAGUACUGGAUUUGCUCCCACGGUCACCUCCCCCUUGCCAGUCUGGGCCCGACGCGUCACUCCUUCCCCCAUCUCGUCGCGAAUACACAUCAUCCUAGAGCUUCCAGACGUUUUGAAUAGGGCCGCCGUGCAAAAUGGAGAGCAUGCGCCAAUCAUGCCGACCGAAGCACCAGGUCUUGAUCCUGAAAUGCUUCCCCCAAUACCAGAAAGGAGUCCAGGAGGUUAAACCGAAUGCUAGCGAACUCUCCUACCUACUCUACUAUGUCAGCACCCGCCGCAGCAAGCUGACCAAGGUCUGCUCAUUCUUGGAGAAACGGGCAGCUCGCGAUGUCUGGCGACGCAAGCUUGGGAAUGUGCAAGUUACCCUUCAGAUCCUCACUGCGCUUAUGGAAAAGGUUCCCCGCGACUUGCCGAUCUACGCGCGAUAUGUCCUCUCCGUUAUCGAUAUCGUUCUUCGGUCCCAGGAUAUUUCUAUGGUGGAGGAUUCGAUUGCGACGUUUGAGACGUUCUGUCAAUACCAGGAUAUGGCGUCGCUUGCGGCUGAGCAGGAGUUGUCGACUCAGUAUCAGGGAGUCGUGCGGACGUAUGCUAGCUACGCGGAUACCAAAUCGUCGUCCCAGCAGACCACUUCUAGUUCCCCGAUGACGAUCCGAUGGAGAAACGCCGGGCUACGAGCGAUAAGAGGAGUGGUUGGCUCCGACGAAACACUGGCUGCUGAUGGAGGGGACUCGUUGAAGCUGAUUCUCCCCGUGAUUCUGGAGAAUCUGUACACUGGCGAAGAGGAUGUGUUGGUCUUGCUCCAGCUGAAGUCGCAAGAGCCUGAGAAGACCCAGCCGGAGCUUGCCCCACGUCGCAGAGUCAGUGUUGCAACCGUGCAGACGGUGGAUGCGGCUGAGGCCGACCCAGCAUUGGCUUCGCAGACUACCGCAGACGCUGACCGGAAGGCGGAGAUGGAUGUGAGGCUGCUUGCGUUGCGUUGCUUGGAGCAGAUCAUCGUCUCGGGAAGUAGCCGCGGUCAGAUCCGUGUCACGACUGUCACUAUUCUGCGGUUUAUCCUUGGCAAGGCUCCGAUUUCCAACUCGUCUCAGGAGAAGGCCACGGGCGAUACAUGGGCUACGUCGUUGAUGGAGCUUGUGGCUAAGUGGUGUCCUGUGCAGGUUCGCUUUAUCAUUCUAAACGCUGCUAUGGAGGUCUUGCUCGAAACGAACCCUACCGAAGAGAACCUGGACCGUUCGACUACCAUGGUGUACAUGGUCGAUUGGCUGUUGAAGUCAUCGGUGAACAUGAUUGGGCUCAGUGUUAUAGACGUCUUGCUCGGUCUCAUGCGAUACCUUUCCUCCGUGCUGUCACCAUCUGAGAACGGGGCAAAUGGCGAGUCGACAGAGAAGCACGCCAACGAAGCAGCUUUAACGGAACGGAGAAGAGAGCUGCUUGGCCUCCUUGUGGAGUCCGUGGGACACCUCGCUACCCACAUCUACUACGGCGAGCAGAUCACGGACAUGGUCAGAACGGUCUUGAGCCUUCUGAAGCCAGGCGCCAAUCACGAAAACUCUAUGAAAGCUCCAACGGCAGAUACACUCGAUCCCUCGGCCAAGCCGGCAACCCCUCCUAGUGAGAAUGCAGUAGCAUUCUCCUCGCUCACAGCCAAGGUGGUCGCGCUUAAAGCCGUCAAGAACGUUCUUGUCGUAGCGAGCGGGAAGAAACCGGCUGCUUCAGCUGGCGUCGAGUCCCGCAACCGUGUUGGCAUCCACGUGUGGGAAGAUACGCAAUGGCUCCUGCGUGACCAGCGGGAAGUCUACUACACCUAUGCCGAUGCCCUCCUGUGCUGGUUGAGACUGGAAACCAACGAAACCGACCUCAGGGUCAGCGAGUCGAUUGGCAAACCAGCAAAUUCUCUGGCCAAGCAGCUGCCUGAGAUUGCCGAGCGCUCUGGUAAGCGGGGAUCGAACUCAGGAAAUCACAGAGCAAAGGCUGUUCAAGUCGCACAGUCGAACUUCCUCCGUCUACUGCAUUUGACGAUUUACGAAAACGCGCUCGCGCGCUCAUCGGAAGAAUCGGAAACCCUUCUCCUUCACCUGCUCCUUACGAACUUGGUCGACCGUCUUGGCAUGAACGCCGUUCGAUAUGGGCUGCCCAUGGUUCUCAAGUUGCAGAGCGACGUGAGUGCGGCAAGUCUGCACUCCGCUGCGUCUAAGGUGAACAUCGGAAGCUUGGUUUUUGGAUAUCUCUGGGAGUUGACUGAGAAGUUCGACUUGGAUGUUUACAGAGUUGGCGGUGCGAUUAACAGCGAAAUUGACAAGCGGAGGAACUUUGGUGUCUGGCUUGACAGUGUCCGUCUGCCACCUGCUGACCUUGACACUAUUACGCCUAUCGCUGGCAAGGAAACCAGUCCAGGCGGUCUGGAGAGUCCUGAACUGUUGAGUCCAUUUGGAGAUGAUGUUCAGGAACUUGCUGACCGUAUUGAAGAGGCGUAUAACGGAUCGAUUCCGACGCCUGUCCAGAGCCCUCCUAGCUCCCCGGAGCGCGGGGGAGGGAACGGAACGGCCCCUGCCAUUCCUGAGAAGGAGCAUCUUCCAUCGUCUGUCAAGGGCGACAUGUUGGCAUUUUGGUCUAAGGAAACCUGUCUGGCGGCUGUUCAAAAGGAUAAGGCACGUACAUUAUCCAUCAGCGGCUCGAAAGCGGGAACCUUUAUCACGCGCAACCAUUUCCAUGGCAAUGGAUUCAGAGACAGCUCGUUCUCUACGGCUUCUCCAGUUUCAGCUCUUGAUGGAUCGGGUUCUAUUGCUGGAGGCGCAGCGGGCUUGCCUGAUCGAAGGCGCCUGAGUGUUCCCGAAUUUGCAGGAACACCAAUGAACAGUUCUAGCCGUGGAUCUGCGGUUCGAGUCAACGAGCUGAGACGCGUGCUUUCCACCAACCAGGACUCUAACGCACGACGUCUCAGCCCGUUACGAGGACGAUUGGAUGCUUCUAACGACAGCAUUAUAUCCUCGAGUAGUGAAAGCAUGGUCAGUGGCUAUUCCGCAUCUGAAUUCGACGGCGACGGAGCUUCGAGCAGACCACAAUCUGUCUUCGAAGGAGAAUCGACGCCGCCAGGAGACGGAGUGGAAACCCCCCGGGCAUCGGCCUUUGUUCUAACCGAUGGACAGUCGAAAGCCGGCGGCAUCCCUCCUGUUCCCCCGAUCCCGCCGUCGCUCUCCAUUCCGUCCAUGCCGUCGCUUCCGGGUGGAUUCCCGAGCGAUUCUUCCCAAGCCUCGACGCCGCUUGGUGAACGACCGGUCACCGCGCCGGCCCCGCGAAAACAAGCCUCUGUCAACGGCAGCGCUGGCACAUACCAUGCUUACCGUCCGAGCAACGCCGGCACCUUGAACCGAAGCAAGAGCCGUUCGAGCACGGGGCUUGCAAGCACCGCCAAUAUUGAGGGCGGCUACACGGAACAUGACCAUGGCGAUAGCCAACGCCAGUUAAACGACUUUCUGUCUAAGCAUGAUGCGGAGCGGCCCAAGGGGGCGAGAAGAACGGGUGGCAUUUCUUCGAGGCGGCCUGCUGCCAAUGGCGGUAUUAGGCGGCCGCCAUAUUGAUCUUUAAUUUCGCGUUUUCACAUUUCUUCAAGCUUUGUUUUAGUUUGACUUGCAUUUGUUGCAUUCGCAUUAGCAUGAUUUUUUUUUUCCAACUUCUCGCAAAAGCACUUAUAAUUCGUACCGGUCAUCUUCGUGACCUUUCUGUUUGACUUGUCUGUUUCUUUUGUUCUUUGGUUGGCGAUUUUAUACUGUUUAACUUGUCUGUCUCUGUUAUGCCUUUUUUUCUUUUUUUUCUUGUGUUGAGUUUUGAUAGACGUGGCUUGACUUAGUACCCUUAUUUUCUUUUGUUUUAGGUCAAAUUCAAGGUCAUGUUGAACAGCGGGAUGGGAUGCUGUUCAUGGCGGGUGC